UGGAACACUGCACCCCCAGGACCAUGGACAACGUCAGGGUGAGCUUCCUGGAUCGAAUAUGUCGAGUGACUUGGGGAUGGUUCUCCAUCUCCAUGAGCACCGGCAGUAUUGCGACUCUGCUGUACAACUGUCCGCACACGUUCGACGGCCUGCUGGUGAUUGGCAAGAUCUUCUUCAUUCUCGACAUCGUCACCUACCUGGGCAUCUGGACCUCCUUGAUCAUCCGCUUCUCCCGCUUUCGUCACGCCUUGAUCGACACGUUCAAUGACCCCGAAGAAUCCUACUUGAUCGCCACGGCCGCCCUUGGUUUCGCAACCAUCCUCUUCGGCAUCGAGAUUUACGGUAUCCCAGCCUGCGGAGUGUGGCUUCGCUGGGUCCAGCUGGUCUGCUUCUGGAUCUAUACGGCUAUUGCCAUCUGUCUGGCCGUGGGCAUGAACUGGCACCUCUACCGCACCCGCAUGGCCGCUCGACAGCCGUUCUGGCUUGUCCGUCUCCUCCCAUCCUUCCCAGCCAUGCUGGGCGGCACCAUCGCCUCUCUCCUCACAUCCGCCCAGCCCUCACACUACGCUAUCCCUAUGCUAAUCGCCGGGACUGCGUUGCAAGGCUUUGGGUUCAUGAUCUCCGUGUUCAUCCUGGCCGAGUACAUCCACGGACUACACCAUCAGGGCUUGCCGCCCAUGCGUCGUCGCCCGCAGAUGUUCAUCGCCGUUGGGCCGCCGGCUUUCACGGCAGUGGCGCUGAUGGGCAUGGCGCAGACCGCCACCGAGAAGUUCCCGGUCCAUCUAAUUCCCAUCGCCAACCAGGUCAACACCGCCGACGUCCUGUUGGUGAUAGCCGUGUUUAUGUCGAUCUUCCUCUGGAUCGUGGCCCUGUUCUUCUGGAGUAUUGGAUGGCUCAGUAUCUUCGAUGCCCGCCGCGAGUGGAAGUUUGACAUCACCUGGUGGGCGACCGUGUUUCCCAACACCGGAUUUGCGCUGGCCAUCAUCAAGAUCGGCGACUUGCUCGACUCAUCCGCGAUCCAGGGCGUUGGAACGGCGGCAACCCUUAUACAAGUGAUUCUGUGGCUGGGCUGCGCCAGCAUGCACAUCUGGGCCUACUUCACGCGGCGCACGCUGUGGCCGGGGAUGGAUGAGGGCUUCGGCCCGGAUGAGCAUCAGCAGGAGGCCGUCUUGGACUCGGAGGGUGAGGUCCGGUCGUACAAGGGUUCGUCAUCGGCUUGACUGCGGACCGGCCUGCC